AUGAAGCUGUUCGUCUGUUUGCUAGCGUUCGUAGCCGUGGCAUCGGCAGGAUAUAUCGGAGGAUACAGUGGUGGAGGUUGGCGAAGCGGAGGUAGUGGCUGGAACACUGGAGGCGGCGGCUGGAACAAUGGUUGGAACGGUGGAUACGGAGGAGGCAGCGGUUGGACUGGCACUGGCGUUGGAGGCUGGCGGGGAGGAUACAGCAACUUAGGAACCGGUAGCGGGUGGAAACUUGGCGGUGGAGGAUGGCAAGGCAGCGGCGGCUGGAGGUCAGGUGGCGGAGGAUGGCAAGGUGGACUUGGAGGCGGUAGUGGAUGGAAGGCCGGAGGAGGAGGUUGGCAAGGAGGAUGGAAUGGCGGAAGUGGAUGGAAUGGCGGCAGUGGUUGGAAUGGUGGAGGAUCUGGAAGCGGAUGGAAGGGUGGCUACGGCAGUGGUAGUGGUUGGUGGAGUCCUUGUGAAAUAGAACGUUAG